GAAAUUCUCUUGCUUCUGUUUCCGAAUCCCCAAAUUCACCGGCACUUGAUACUCGAUUCUAUCUAAAGAAGGCGAAUAGGAUGGAUUCGUAACAGUUAACUUUCUACCUUCUGUUGUGUUGUGUUGUGUUGUGUUGAAGAAGAGGAUGUGUAUAUUUGACGACUUCGACGUUGCACGCUAUCGUUAAUUUCCUCUCUUUUCUUUCCGAUCGAAUUUCUCUUCGAAAAGCCUGAUGAACUGCGAAGUCUGCCAACUCAAAGAGCUCGAUGUUGAGCACUUCGAGAUACGCGAAGUUCUUCGAUGCAUUUUGCACACUAUUUUGUUCCACAGAGCUUUAGGGCUUGUGCGUCCGAAAGACAUUGAUUUGGAACUUUUCGAGAUUACAUAUGUACAAUGCGGUGAUGUAGAACUUGAGAGGAAAAUAGAUGAGAAGAUUGAGCAAUUCAUAGACAGGGUGGAGAAGCACCCAAAUAAGAAAAAUCAGAUAUGUUUGUCCUUCUAUGAGGUCAAAAACAAACAGCCUACAUGGUUCACUAAUAAAGUUGAGCGCCUCUACUGGGAACAGUGGUACAUAAACUUGAAUGUAGCACAACACCAGAAAGGGCAUUCUGGAAAGUCUACCUCUUCCAAAAUAGUAGUUGAUCCUGGAGCUGAGGAAAGGACUGCUCGGCGUGCAGCACUAGAAGCUUCGCUUCGUGAUGUUCUAUUUCAGAUAAUUAGAUUUGUGAAUGAAAAGAAGGAUCACAUUCCUCCAGUUCCAAACCUCGAAGGUGUCUCGUUCCCCUAUGAAAUUACUAUCUCCAGUUCGUCAGAUUCUGCAUUUGGAAUGGAAAUGUUCAAGAGGAUGCUCCAAACCGGGCAUCCUACGAUGCUCAGCUGACUCGUGAGGCCCUCUAGCUGCUGUAUUUUGUCUCGAGCUCUCUGUGUUAUGUACUUGGAAUGAAUAUGCUGCCUGUGAAUAUCUUAUGCUAGAUUAUGUAAAUUGAGAUCUACUAAUUUACUGCCAAACUGAAGUUAUGUACUACUCCCUCCGUUUCGUCAUAGUUGAGUCAUUUUACUAUUUCGGGAAGGUUCUUCAUAGUUGAGUCAUUUCCAUAUAUGGUAACUUUUCACUCUCUUACUUUACUCUCUUUUACUUUAUUCUCUCUACCUUUUCCUCUCUCUUACUUUUUUUAUUAUUUAUUUAACACACCCAACAUUCCUUUCUAAAACUUCAUGCCGAAAAGUUCCGCCUCAACUAUGGCGAAACGGAGGGAGUACUUGGAAUAGUUUCUGCUAAAUCAAAAUUUGGUGCUCCGGAGAAGCACGGUGAUUGUGUACAUAUCAAAUUAUGUAAACUAUCUUAACUAUUCUUUAUUGAAAAUUUUAUUCUGGCUUUUCGAUUGAUUUUAAA